AUGUCUUCUCCAACCCAACGCCGCCAUCGCGGCUCGACCACCGACGCUGGUGUCUUCGACGAUGCCAAAACCUACUACACCUCUGACGACCGUCACAACAACCGUGCCGGCCCUCGAACUCGAACCUACUCCCAGAACAGCUUGUUCAAGCAAUUCGAGCGUAUUGGACUGCGUGAACCCUUCCGCCGCGGCAGCCAUGGCAACGGUCGAAAGUUCCUCAUCAAUGUCGACGAGACCCUGGAGAGCUUGCAAGCCCAGGAAGACACCGAUGGAAACAUGCAGAUCACCAUUGAGGACAACGGCCCAAAGGUACUUGCGCUGAGAACUGCCGCCUCUGCCGGCCACAACCGAUUCGAUGUCCGAGGAACAUACAUGCUCUCCAACUUGUUGCAGGAGCUCUCACUCGCCAAGGAGUAUGGACGCAAGCAAAUCAUCCUCGACGAGGGACGACUGAACGAGAACCCCGUGAACCGCUUGUCUCGCCUCAUCCGCGACCACUUUUGGGACGGUCUGACCAGACGAAUCGAUGCUUCGAGUGUGGAAAUCGCGGCCAAGGACCCCAAAGACUGGACGGACGACCCUCGCCCGCGCAUUUAUGUUCCUGUGGGAGCGCCGGAGCAAUUCGAGUUUUACACCAAGGUCGCCAAGGAGAGACCGGAGAUCCGCCUGGAUGUUCAGCUACUUCCCGAGGUUAUCACCCCGGAGCUGGUCCGCGACAUGAAUGCUAAGCCUGGUCUCCUUUGCGUCGAGAUGGAAAAGAUCAAGGAUCCUGUGACAGGCGAGGACACGCUCAGGGGCUUGCCUUUCGUCGUGCCCGGAGGACGCUUCAACGAGCUGUACGGCUGGGACAGUUACAUGGAGUCCCUGGGACUCCUGGUUAACGACAAGGUCCAUCUCGCCAAGUCAAUGGUGCAAAACUUCUGCUUUUCCAUCCGUCACUACGGCAAGAUUCUGAACGCCACUCGCUCCUACUAUCUCUGCCGUUCUCAACCUCCAUUCCUUACCGACAUGGCUCUCCGUGUCUACGAGAAGAUCAAGCAUGAGCCUGAUGCCAAAGAGUUCCUGCGUACAUCCAUGCUGGCCGCCAUCAAGGAGUACCACAGUGUCUGGGUUUCUGAGCCGCGCCUGGACCCCGUCACUGGCCUUUCUCGGUACCGACCCGAGGGAUUGGGAGUGCCUCCCGAGACGGAAGCUGGUCACUUCGUUCACGUUCUCGAGCCGUAUGCUGAGAAGUACGGCAUGAGCUGGCAGGAGUUUGUGCAAGCCUACAACCACGGAAAGAUUAAGGAGCCUGAGCUUGAUGAAUACUUCCUUCACGACAGAGCUGUCCGCGAGUCUGGCCACGACACAUCGUACCGUCUCGAGAAGGUUUGCGCUAACCUCGCGACCAUCGACCUGAACUCACUCCUGUUCAAGUAUGAGACGGAUAUUGCGCGCACCAUCCGCAAUGUGUUCAACGAUAAGCUCGUCAUUCCCGCAGAGUUCGCUGUUGGUCCGCUCAAGGCUGGUGAGGUGGUUACGUCGGCCAUUUGGGACCGCCGCGCAAAGCGCAGAAAGCUCGCCCUCGACAAGUACCUCUGGAACGAGGAGGAAGGCAUGUACUUCGACUACGACACCGCUAAGAAGGAGCGGUGCACGUACGAAAGCUGCACGACUUUCUGGGCGCUGUGGGCAGGCGUUGCCUCGCCCAAGCAGGCAGCGGACAUGGUGCAGAAGGCCCUCCCCAAGUUCGAGGCGAUUGGCGGUCUCUUGUCGGGUACGCUGAAGUCUCGUGGUGAAGUCAGCUUGGAGAGACCUAACCGACAAUGGGACUACCCCUACGGCUGGGCUCCUCAGCAGAUGCUCGCCUGGACCGGACUGGUGCGAUACAGCUUCAAUGAGGAGGCCGAGCGUCUGGCGUACAAGUGGUUGUUCAUGAUGACUAAGGCUUUCGUUGACUUCAACGGAGUCGUUGUUGAGAAGUACGACGUUACUCGCCCAAUCGAUCCCCACAGAGUGGACGCCGAGUACGGAAACCAGGGUCUGGAUUUCAAGGGCGUUGCCAAGGAAGGAUUCGGAUGGGUCAACGCCAGCUACGUUUACGGUCUGCAGAUUGUAAACGCCCACAUGCGUCGUGCCCUGGGCACGCUCACCCCGUACGAUACCUUCAUCAAGGCCAUUGAGCAGAACAACGAGAAGUCCCUUGCAGAGCUGGCCUGA